ACGUGAGCGCGAGAGCGAAAGAGGCAGAAGCGGCGAUGUAGCAGCAGCAGCGGGUCUCAGCGCCGCACUGACAGCCUGGAAUUACAGUAUCGUUUCUUGCUGAGGGAACGCGGCCAUGGCGGGGCUCUAUUGAGGGAAAACGAGAUCGCACACCACGCUCCUCGUCUCGCCGUUUCUCUUUCCGCUGCUCUUGUCGCACACCUAUGCAUUGCUGCGUUGCGGAUAACGGACUGUGUUGAAAGAACGGGGCUGAAAAAGAAGGAGGAAAAAAAAAAAGCUUAGCUUUGUAAAUUUUGAAACAGAAUGGCGGACCGUGAUACAUUAGCCCUUCCUCUGGAGGUGAGAGCGAGAUUAGCCGAGCUGGAACUGGAGUUAUCGGAAGGUGACAUCACACAGAAAGGCUAUGAAAAGAAGAGAUCAAAGUUAAUUGGCGCCUACCUCCCACAGCUGCCAGGGGUAGAACCCUCCCUGUCCCAGGAGAGGAGACCCCCCAUCACGCCCUCUUCCUCGUCCCGUUACCACCGGCGACGCUCUUCCGGGUCACGGGACGAGCGAUACAGAUCAGAUGUGCACACAGAGGCCGUGCAAGCGGCGCUGGCCAAACAGAAAGAGCGCAAGAUGGCGGUGCCCAUGCCGUCCAAGCGUCGCUCCCUGGUGGUGCAGACCUCGAUGGAUGCCUACACUCCCCCAGACACAUCCUCGGGCUCAGAGGGGGAGGGCUCCAUGCAGGGGGAGGGCACCCCCACCUCCAGCCAGGGGAGCAUAAACAUGGAGCACUGGAUCAGCCGAGCCAUCCACGGCUCCACCACCUCCUCCACCACCUCCUCCUCCUCCACCCACAGCGGGGGCAGCGGCGCCGCCAGCCGAUUGGCCGACGUCAUGGGUCAGACGCACAUCGGCGGCUCAGGGCCCAUCGCUCACCUCUCGCUGAAGCGGAGACGCGGGCGGGGGGCGGGGCGGGGCGCGGUGGAGAACGGGAACUCGCCCCGCCGGGCCCGCGCGCCGGGAGCAGACCUGGCCUGGCACCCGCACUCCCAGGCCGAGGAGAACCACUCGGCCCCGCCCGAUGUCACCACCUACACGUCGGAGCACUCCAUGCAGGGGGAGAGGCCUCAGGUGUCCACCACCUCCAGGACCACGCCCAAAUACGGCAACGCAGAGCUCAUGGAGACAGGAGACGGUGUGCCCGUUAGCAGCCGCGUCUCCGCUAAGAUCCAGCAGCUGGUGAACACGCUGAAGAGGCCCAAGCGGCCGCCGCUGCGCGAGUUCUUUGUGGACGAUUUCGAGGAGCUGCUGGAGGUCCAACAGCCGGACCCGAACCUGCCCAAACCAGAGGGGGCCCAGAUGCUGACCAUGCGGGGGGAGCAGCUGGGCGUGGUCACCAACUGGCCCCCGUCUCUGGAGGCCGCCCUGCAGCGCUGGGGUACCAUCUCCCCCAAAGCGCCCUGCCUGAGCAGCAUGGACACCAACGGGAAACCGCUCUACAUCCUCACAUACGGGAAGCUCUGGACCCGGAGCAUGAAGGUGGCCUUCAACAUCCUGCACAAGCUGGGGACCAAGCAGGAGCCCAUGGUCCGGCCGGGGGACCGGGUGGCGCUGGUCUUCCCCAACAACGACCCGGCGGCCUUCAUGGUGGCGUUUUACGGCUGCCUGCUGGCGGAGGUGGUGCCCGUGCCCAUCGAGGUGCCGCUGACCAGGAAGGACGCAGGAAGUCAGCAGAUCGGUUUCCUGCUGGGCAGUUGCGGCGUGACCGUAGCGCUAACGAGCGACGCCUGCCACAAGGGAUUACCCAAGAGCCCCACGGGAGAAAUCCCACAAUUCAAAGGAUGGCCAAAGCUGCUGUGGUUCGUCACGGAGUCCAAGCACCUAUCCAAACCCCCGCGGGACUGGUUUCCACACAUCAAAGAUGCAAACAACGACACUGCCUACAUAGAGUAUAAGACCUGUAAGGACGGGAGUGUUCUGGGAGUGACGGUGAUGAGGAUCGCCCUGCUCACGCACUGUCAGGCCCUGACGCAGUCCUGCGGCUACACAGAAGCGGAGACCAUAGUGAAUGUAUUGGACUUUAAGAAGGACGUGGGGCUGUGGCACGGCAUCCUCACGAGUGUGAUGAACAUGAUGCACGUUAUCAGCAUUCCGUACUCGCUGAUGAAGGUCAACCCGCUGUCCUGGAUACAGAAGGUGUGCCAGUACAAAGCUAAGGUGGCGUGUGUGAAGUCCCGGGACAUGCACUGGGCGCUGGUGGCGCACCGGGACCAGCGGGACGUCAACCUCAGCUCCCUCCGAAUGCUGGUGGUGGCCGACGGCUCCAACCCCUGGUCCAUCUCCUCCUGUGAUGCGUUCCUGAACGUCUUCCAGAGCAAGGGGCUGAGAGCUGAGGUGAUCUGCCCCUGUGCCAGCUCUCCAGAGGCCCUGACCGUGUCUAUCCGCAGGCCCACAGACGACAGUAACCUUCCCCCGGGGAGGGGGGUGCUGUCCAUGCAGGGGCUGAGCCACGGGGUCAUCCGGGUGGACUCCGAGGAGAAGCUCUCCGUGCUGACGGUGCAGGACGUGGGCACGGUGAUGCCAGGAGCGCUCAUGUGCGUGGUGAAGCCGGACAGCCUUCCCCAGCUCUGCAGGACGGACGAGAUCGGGGAGCUGUGCGUCUGCUCCAUCGCCACGGGAACGUCCUACUACGGCCUCUCGGGCAUGACCAAGAACACCUUCGAGGUGUUCCCCAUGAGCAGUUCCGGGGCCCCCAUCAGCGAGUACCCCUUCACCAGGACGGGCCUGCUGGGGUUCGUGGGCCCGGGGGGGCUGGUCUUCAUUGCGGGGAAGAUGGACGGGCUGAUGGUGGUGGGGGGGCGGAGACACAACGCCGAUGACAUCGUCGCCACGGCGCUGGCGGUGGAGCCAAUGAAGUUUGUGUACAGGGGAAGAAUCGCCGUGUUCUCCAUCACGGUGCUCCACGACGAGCGGAUCGUGGUGGUGGCCGAGCAGCGGCCCGACUCCACCGAGGAGGACAGCUUCCAGUGGAUGAGCCGCGUGCUGCAGGCCAUCGACGGGAUUCACCAGGUGGGGGUGUACUGCCUGGCCCUCGUGCCCUCCAACACCCUCCCCAAAACGCCGCUGGGCGGGAUCCACCUGUCCGAGACCAAGCAGCUGUUCCUGGAGGGGUCCCUGCACCCCUGCAACGUCCUCAUGUGCCCCCACACCUGCGUCACCAACCUGCCCAAACCGCGGGAGAAACAGCCAGAGAUCGGGCCGGCGUCGGUGAUGGUGGGUAACCUGGUGUCGGGGAAGCGGAUCGCCCAGGCCAGCGGCCGGGACCUGGGGCAGAUCGAGGACAAUGACCAGGCAAGGAAGUUCCUGUUCCUGUCAGAGGUGUUGCAGUGGAGGGCACAGACCACCCCAGACCACGUGCUCUUCACGCUGCUAAACUCUCGGGGGACGAUAGCCAGCUCGCUGACCUGCCUCCAGCUGCACAAGCGGGCGGAGAAGAUCGCCGCCAUGCUGGCGGAACGGGGGCACCUGCAGGACGGGGAUCACGUGGCGCUCGUCUACCCCCCAGGGAUUGACCUGAUUGCAGCGUUUUAUGGGUGCCUGUACGCAGGCUGCGUGCCCAUCACCGUCCGGCCCCCCCACCCCCAGAACAUCGCCACCACCCUGCCCACUGUGAAGAUGAUCGUGGAGGUGAGUCGCUCGGCCUGUGUGAUGACCUCACAGGUGAUCUGUAAGCUGCUGCGGUCGAAGGAAGCUUCAGCUGCUGUGGACGUCAGGACAUGGCCGCCUGUCCUGGACACCGAUGAUUUGCCAAAGAAGAGGCCCCCCCUGCUGUACAAACCCUCGAACCCCGACACGCUGGCCUACCUGGACUUCAGCGUGUCCACCACGGGCAUGCUCGCUGGGGUGAAGAUGUCCCACACUGCCACCAGUGCCUUCUGCCGCUCAAUCAAGCUGCAGUGCGAGCUGUACCCGUCCCGCGAAGUCGCCAUCUGCCUGGACCCCUACUGCGGCCUGGGCUUCGUCCUCUGGUGCCUGUGCAGUGUGUACUCGGGGCACCAGUCCAUCCUGAUCCCGCCCUCGGAGCUGGAGGUGAACCCGGCGCUCUGGCUGCUGGCGGUCAGUCAGUACAGGGUGCGCGACACCUUCUGCUCCUACUCCGUCAUGGAGCUGUGCACCAAGGGGCUGGGCCUGCAGACCGAUUCGCUCAAGUCCCGGGGCCUGGAGCUGUCGCGGGUGCGGACGUGCGUGGUGGUGGCGGAGGAGAGGCCCAGGAUAGCACUGACCCAGUCCUUCUCCAAGCUCUUCAAGGACCUGGGGCUCCACCCCAGAGCCGUCAGCACCUCCUUCGGCUGCAGGGUCAACCUGGCCAUCUGCCUGCAGCCUCACAGGCUUGGGAAGCUUGCCGAUCAGGGCACGUCGGGACCCGACCCCACCACUGUGUUCGUGGACAUGAGAGCCCUGAGACACGACCGGGUCCGGCUGGUGGAGAGGGGAUCCCCACACAGCCUACCGCUCAUGGAGUCGGGAAAGAUUUUACCCGGAGUUCGGAUCAUCAUCGCCAACCCGGAGACCAAGGGGCCUCUGGGAGAUUCUCACCUGGGAGAGAUCUGGGUGCACAGCGGGCACAACGCCAGCGGCUACUUCACCGUGUACGGCGACGAGUCGCUGCAGUCCGACCACUUCAGCUCGCGCCUCAGCUUCGGGGACACGCAGACCGUCUGGGCCAGGACGGGGUACCUGGGGUUCCUCCGGAGGACCGAGCUGACCGACGCCAGCGGGGAGAGGCACGACGCGCUGUACGUGGUGGGGGCGCUGGACGAGGCGAUGGAGCUGAGGGGGAUGCGGUACCACCCCAUCGACAUCGAGACCUCCGUCAUCCGGACGCACAAGAGCAUCACCGAAUGCGCGGUGUUCACCUGGACCAACCUGCUGGUGGUGGUGGUGGAGCUGGACGGCUCGGAGCAGGAGGCGCUGGACCUGGUGCCGCUGGUGACCAACGUGGUGCUGGAGGAGCACUACCUGAUCGUGGGCGUGGUGGUGGUGGUGGACAUCGGCGUCAUCCCCAUCAACUCGCGCGGCGAGAAGCAGCGCAUGCACCUGCGCGACGGCUUCCUGGCCGACCAGCUGGACCCCAUCUACGUGGCCUACAACAUGUAGGCCCCCGGGCCCCCCCCCCUCACGGACCUCACUACCACUGUACUAUAUGUACAUAACUGCGAAACGGAAGACACACACACGCACACGCACGCACACACACAUACAUGCGGCUGUCCGCUGCAGAGGUGGGCGGGAAAACACGGACCGGAAUCCGCCGCCCGUCUGGGAGGAGGAGCGGAGGAGUCUUGACCCGCGCGGCUAGGCUACCCGGCUAGGACAGGAGCGAGUGAGCGAGCCGGCUAGGCUACCCGGCUAGGACAGGAGCGAGUGAGCGAGCCGGCUAGGCUACCCGGUUUAGCCGUUCCUGCGCGGCGGCUAACGGUUUAGCCACUCCCGCGCGGCGGCUAACGGUUUAGCCACUCCCGUGCGGCGGCUAACGGUUUAGCCACUCCCGCGCGGCGGCUAACGGUUUAGCCGCUCCCGCGCGGAGGCUAACGGUUUAGCCGCUCCUGCACGGAUUUCGACGUUGGCGGCGUAUAAACGUCACGUGUGUCACACGUGUGCAGGAGGCACGGUGUGCCACACGCGUGUGCAGGAGGCACGGUGUGCCACACGCGUGUGCAGGAGGCACGGUGUGCCACACGCUCCUCGCUUGCUUGGAUGUUGCUUUCGAAAGUAAAGUGCGGCUCCACGUUUUCAUCUUGCGUAUGCUGAAGUAGCUCAUUUUUUUAACGUGCCCUCUAAGAGGUAAGGUUUUAUUUUUAUUUUUUUUUUAUACUUACAUAUUGUGGCAAACUGUAUUUUAAGUUUAUUACUGUUUUUAAAAAAAUAUAAAGCAUUACAGAUGUUUCGAAUACCAGGCCAUAUUGUUUUAUUUAUUUAUCUUUUUUUUCGUCCUUGAACUUUACAAAGGGGUGUGUUUUCUUUUUCUUUUGUUCUCAACCAGGCUUUUUCCAUUUUAAUUUGGGUCUUCUGUCACGAUUCCACCUUUAAGGUGGUGCCCCCUGUUUGUUUCAGUAUUGGAAGCAGACGUUUAUUCAGUGGAGUCUUUGAUACCAUGGUAACUAAUGGAAGGGAAAAAAACACAAUGUGACUUCAUAUGUAAUUAUGUAAAAAAAAAAAAAAAAAAAAAACCUUUAAUUUAUUUUGUGCUCUUUAGAAAUAUAAGAGAGAAGACAUUUAAGAAUGUUCUACUCGAAAUAUUUGCUAAUAUAAAAGAAAGCAUUGUAUUAUCUUGAGUGAAUAGACUCACAUCAAGUAUAUAAAAUAUAAAUAUAUAAAUAUAUAUAUAUAAAUAUUAAAAAAUAACUAGGAUUCACCAAUGAAAAUGUUUGAAAUGCAGUACUUUUCACUUGCAUGGUGUGUGUCGUCGUAGAUGAAACAGAAGUCACUGAGCUGUUUGAGUGACACACACUGAAAGACACCCGGGGUGUCGCAGUCAAAUGCACCCCAGGGGAAACGUUUCCUGCAAAGAAGGAAGACUUAAAGCGUGACACGCCAGUUAAAAUGAUUUAAGGUAACGUAGAAAGCCAGACAGAAACUGCAGCUUUAGAUCUGUGUUUGUAGCUGGCAUGCAGACUGCUCUACGGGUGUUUCUCCAGUGACAGGAGGAGAUGGCGCACAUGGAGAAUUGUAAAUAUUAAAAAAUCCUGUUUAAAUCCUGAAUAUUUUUUGACAGUUGACUCCAUUGAAAGUGAGCGAUCAAACUCAGUUGAGGGGGAUCUGCUGUCUUCAAUGCUGACACGCUUAAAAAUAAUUAGACAACAUAAUAAUAAUGAUAAUAACAAUAAUAAUAAUAAUAAUACCCAUGGGAACCAUUAAUAGUGAAGAAAAGUCGUGGAAUGACUGUUGCUAUGGUAACACAAACACGUCCUUAGCCAGUUCUGUGGGAGUUCUGUGUUUACAUACAAGUGCUCGGAAGUGAAAAGUAUAUUGCUUGGAAUCGUGAAUUCGUUAAUGAUUUAUCAGUUCAUUCAAAGCACCUUUCUCUUGUGUGACUGAUCAGAGUGAGCCUGUUCCUUUGAGGUUUUUUUUUUUUUUUUUUUUGUCGUUUUAAGUGUCUCGGUCUCUGUUGACGUGAUCCGUCCGUCAUUCGAAGAAACAUUUCAACGACGCCUGACGGAACAAGAGGCUUUGCUCAAGCUGCAGUUUGUGUUUCCUGUUAUCAUUUCAUCCGGUUCACAAAUUCGUUCAAAUUCUCUCUAACACGACGGCGUAUUUAUUAUUUUGUUAUUUACCGUAUGCAUAGUUUCUCUUUUGUCUUUGUUCCACUGGUUGUCCUUUGGGAUUUUGCAUUGAUUUUUUUUUUUGUUUGUUUGUUCAUGUGAUUACAGUGGCAUACCUUAAAGCAUGUUCUGUGCCUUCAGCAACUGAGGGGAAAAUAAAUAAAUAAAUUAACAGCAGGAGCCAAAAACGAAUCAGUUAUGCCAAAACUCAUCUUUUGAACUAUUAUUUAAAGCGUCAUUAGAGCUUUUGGGGUUCCUAGCGGUUGAUAAAAUUAAACGUGCAGAAAAAAGAGAGAAGCGAACGUUACCGUCUGUCGUUUGUUUCUUCUUGGGGCAUCUGUGGGCGGGAUGUGUUCUUCCACACAGAUGAGUAACGUGGCUUGUGUGCUCUCGUUGUUGGAGGUCUUAGCACACCCUUUUUAGGCAUGUCCACUAGUAACCACUUACCCCCCCCUCCCAGAGUCCAUGCUCAGUGGUUGUCCAGCUAACUCAAAGAUUUUUCUUGAACGUUGGGGAUAAUUCUUGCCAGUUUUCCCGAUUCGGUUGUGAGGUAAAGUUACUGGGGGAGAGUGACCCCCCCAAACAGUUUUUUUUCCUUCCAGAGAAGGUCUGUCAGUGUCACAGAGGACAAAAACACUCCAAGCAAGUAAAAUGAAAGUCAAAUGACGUUAGUUAUUUAGUUCCCCCCGUUUUGGGGAAAAAAACAUUUUUGCCCUGACGUUCUUGGAAAGUUCUGGAAACCAAAAAUUGUUAGCUGGGCGGUAGCUCUGUGUGUUGCAUUAAAUGCGUGUUCCAUAAAGACUCAUCUCAACAAUAUAUGGCUCACUCCCAAAACAUCGGUCAUCACCAACCCCCCUUUUUAAGAAAAGCAAUUUAAUUUGCCUUUUUGCGACCAGUAAAAUGUAGCCUACCUGUUUCCCCCCCCCCUUUUUUUUUUUUACCACAAGCGUAAGCAGCCGCAGUUGCACAUUUAAAAAGCAUAUCAACCCGUCAAUAUCUGUGUUUGUUCCAUAUGAAAUCAGUGUCUAUUAGAGACGGCAGUGACACAAUCAGAGGUAAUGGUACGGUCUACCGUGUCCCAGCGUUGUCCCUUUACGCGCGGCCAUCGAGGACAUGGCGUCUUCGUUACAGACUAAAAGUGCAAUCGAGAAGCAGAGAAUCCGUUUAUUUGAAAGAUUAACGUUUUAAAAAUAAGCCUACAGUUUCUUUAUGGGGAUCGGUUUACAUGUGAACUGUUAGUGACAAUAUUUUUUUUCCUCUUGUUUUUAAAGAAGAAAAAAAGUCUUAUAGUCUAUGUUUGGAAGCGUUGAUGAUGUCAUUCCCAAAUAUUAAAAAAAGAAAGAAAUGUUUUCCUAUCAAAGUAGAAAAAAAAACUGCACAUAAUUUUGCAACAUUUUGUUACGUAAUUUCCAUUUUCUUGGAAAUUUAGACCUUGUGUGAGUGAGUCUGCAUGGUGUCUGUAUAUAUUGUUGGUCACACAAAAAAAAAGAAUAAUACAGUUUAUUUUGUAUGGUGCAGGUGUGUUUGGAGCUUCUGUUUUGUACACGUUUAAAAGUAUUAAAACACACUUAUAGGAGCCUGUUUAGGCAACACACGCUACCGACAUUCAUCAUUUCAGGUGCAAUAAAGUGUUUUCAUUGGGGAAAAAAAAAAAACAAAACAAACAUUUUCAUGUGAAUUGGAAAAGUCAGUAAGUAAGACUGUGCACUCCACAAUACUCAGUUCCUCUCUCCAUUGUCUGUGCUCUUAACUGGUGAAGGAGUCACGUUCACACUGUGCCACUCUUGUAUGACGGUCCCACUUAAUGUGUCACAAGUCGUGUUAACUCUUCAGUAACGUCGUGUAACGUUCAGACGCUCCCUUGCAGUAAAGACUGACCACAGCCUGCCGCAACACUGAACACGCAAUUGUUUGAGUGGCAGUGUUUGUAAUUUAACUUGUUGUGUCAAAGCAGCUCUCGGCUUUGGCUCCUGGUUUUUUCAUUUCUGCGUAUCUGUCAGUAUUUUUGGUCUUACAUUCUGUUAUUUUGUUCAACUCCUGCGUUCAGUUUUUUUUUAUACCAUAACAUGAUAAAAGAGAAGGACAUUAUUAUUAUUAUUAUUAUUAUUAUUAUUAUUAUUAUUAUUAUUAUUAUUUGCCAAUGAGUCUGUUGGACUUAGCAAUAAAGGCCUUUCCUUAGGUUCUGUACUGUAGAUAAAACCAUGUAUCAGAAUGUACAAAUCAUGUUAUACUGUGUUGUGACCUAGUGCUCUUUCAAAGGAUGGAAUUUCCAAAAAAAGAAAAACAGAAAAAAAACAAGAAAAAACACCUAUGUGAAAAUGGAAAUACCAUACAUAACAAGACAAUGCACAACUACAAAAAAACAAAACAAAAUGGAGGACCCUGCAGUCAUUCUGUUUGCUGACAGUGCGUGAAUGAAAAGAACAGUGUUCUCAUGGUGCUUGUUAGUAGAUAUUAUUCCUGCUUGACACUUUACACCAGGGGGAGUCUGACCCUUAAAUCAGUGGAAUGUUAGCUGCAUUAUUUCAGUAAAUCUGGUGA